CGUUCCUUCCUUGGCUUGCUGACACUUGUAUAUCUCAUCAUGCACCGCCGGAUGAACAAUCAGUGGAAUGCGCGAGUCAUAAAAAAACCGUAGUCGUUGAGCGGUGAGCUCCGAUGCCAAGCUCCGGAUCACGUAUCUUCAAUGACCCGUAGCCCCACAGCUCGUGUUGCAUUACCACCUCCUGCGGUAGAUGGUGACUCCGAUGGGGAAGCCGAGGCGGAUGGAUCGCAAGCAAAUGAUGGUGAUCUGUUGGAAGACUUUCCAGACGAAACUGACGAAUUAGAACUCGUACACUCGCGAUUGAGCUCUUUGGCUAAUCUUCGACUUGAUCGGUUCGCAAGGCAUCUGAAAAAGUUAUGCCUCAGACAAAACGCUAUAUCGUAUCUAGAUCCAGACAUCUUCAAGCUGCUCACGCAGCUUGAAGAGCUUGACCUGUACGAUAAUAAACUCAAGACUUUGGGAGAUGCAUUAGACAAUAUGUCUGCUCUAACCGUUCUGGACCUUUCAUUCAACCUUCUACGACAAGUGCCGGAGGCACUGUCGCAUCUACGUUCCUUGAAGACCGUGUAUUUCGUUCAAAACAAGAUCUCCAAAAUCACUGGCUUGGAAUCUGUGGGAGCGACAUUAAGAAGUCUUGAACUUGGGGGAAAUAGAAUACGGCAUAUCGAAGGGUUGGAUGCGUUGGUCAAUCUGGAGGAAUUAUGGCUUGGAAAAAACAAGCUCACUAAACUAGAGAAUCUGAGUACACUAGGCAGACUGAAAAUAUUGUCUCUUCAGUCUAACAGGAUCACAAAGAUCGAGGGUCUAGAUCAAUUGGUUGAUUUAGAAGAGCUCUACUUGAGCCACAAUGGAGUCGAGCGUUUGGAAGGUCUCGAGAAUAAUACAAAGCUGAGAACACUCGACAUUGGUGCCAACUUUGUUCCAGCGAUCGAAAAUAUUUCGCAUCUAGCAUCCAUUGAGGAGCUCUGGCUCAACAACAACAAGAUUGCCGAUCUGCGAGCUCUCGAACUGCAGCUCAAGAAUAUGGCAUCCCUUGAAACGAUUUACCUGGAGGGCAAUCCUUGUCAGCAGGCCGAAGGUACAAGUUACAGACGGAAGAUAAUGCUUGCGCUUCCUCAGGUCAAGCAAAUUGAUGCCACCUUUGCGAAACCGUUAUGACUCAUUUCCAACAAUUUUCUUGCAACGGAACGGUACUGAUUUCAAUUAGCAUACAUUAUACUCAGCAAUGGGCAGGCUUGUCUGCCGAAGUGCCCAAGACCUUCUAAAUUAAACAAACUCAUACGCCAAUUUGUACUCCCAGGCCCGGUGGGAAGGAUAUUAUUCCGUCUUAGAAUUCUACGUCCCUCAAGCUGAUUCACAUUUCGUAGUUGUUUCCAUAAUAUGAAAUAGCUAGGUCGUACUGUGCAAAUUGACACACAAAUAUGCUUGAAAUCGACGUAAUGAUAUACUAUCGACCAUAUGUAUGAUCAAA